AUGGCCGCACCGACAAUUAUCGAUGAGCUCGCCGACUUUAGCGCGUGUGACUGCUCGGAUGCUCUAGUCAAGCUCGGCGUGGCAGGCGGGGGCUUCUUGCCCGGUCCCUCAAUGUGGUCCCCUCAACGUCAAGAAGGGACGACUAAAGUCAUUGGAAGGGCGUACACUGUGCGGUAUGCGCUGCUGAGUAGCGCAGAGGACAAGGUGCCUGUUCACUAUAUUGACACUAUCCCCCAGGGCGCUGCAGUGGUCAUCAGUGCACCCUCUACUAUCCCCAAUGCGGUGUAUGGCGGUCUGAUGUCCACUCGAGCCCAGGCAAGCGGCGCCGCUGGCACAAUCGUCCAUGGCCGUGUCCGUGAUCUCCACGAGCAUCGCGCACUUGGCUAUCCAGUCUUUGCUUCCGAUGUCGGUACUGUCUCGCCGUACGAGAACGCCAAGGUCGUAGCGGUCAAUCAGAAGCUCGAGCUCGUCAGCGAGUACGGUACGACCAUCGUCGAGCCGGGAGACAUAGUGGUGGCGGAUAUAGAUGGAGUCGUCGUGAUACCUCGCAGCGUCGAGGACCAGAUCAUACCACUCAUGAUCCGACAGACUCAGGCGGACGCCAAGGUGGCUGAGUCGAUCAAAGCGGGGAUGACCUUCGUCGAGGCCAGCAAGAAACAUCGGGUCUAG